CACACGCGGCCGGCGGGGCAGGGGUGGCAGCCACACUCUGACAGACCCACUGGUGCCUCUCUGCCGAGUGACCCACGGGCUCGGGGUCCGACUGUUUGCCGGCUCCUCCCUGGGAGUGACUGCCAGCCACACGGCCGUUUGUCUGUUUGCCUGCCCUUCUGGCUGUCUGUCUGUCUGUCUCUCUGGGUGUCUGCCUGGCUGGCCACCUGCCGGUUUGCUUGACUUCCCCUGUCUGUCUGUCUGCCUGCCUGACAGCCCUUGUCGCCGCGCACCCCCUCCCUGGUGCAGCCGAUUGGUCCCUUACCCCAGUCUCUGCCUUCUGUCCGUGUGUGACCUCGCUGGGAUGUGACCGCUAGUUGCCUGUGUCCCAGCUGGCUCCCUCUGUGUGGCCCGCCUGCCUGGAGCCCAGCUGCCACCCAUCGGGGUGACAGGUCCUAUGCUUGUCUGGCUGGAGACGCGGGCCAGGCUGUGGCUCCCCACCCCCGCCCUGCCCGUUCCCUCCAACCCUCGUUCCCCUCCCCCACGCUGAGCCUGGCUGCUGCCCCUGGGAGCCCACUGGAUUGCCCCGGGCGCAGAGAAUGGAUUUCUGAGGGACAAGCUGGAACAGCAGGGCAAUGGGGAGCCAUGGAGUGACACAGCUGCCAUGAGGACUGGGUUGGAGGUGCCUCAGCUGGACGCUGGAGAGAUCAGGGAGGAGACCAGCAGGAGGGCAGGACCCUGAGAGUCAGCAUGCCGUGUGGCUCGGUGGCCUCUCUCAUCCUGCUGAUGCUCCAGGGGGCCUGGGGUUGCCGAGACCUUGUCUGCUACACCGAUUACUUCCAAACAGUCACCUGCACCCUGGAGACAAGGACCCUCCACCCGGGCAUGCUCACCCUCACCUGGCAAGACCCAUAUGGAGAACUGGAGGACGAGGUCACCUCCUGCAGCCUCCACCGGUCCGCCCACAAUGCCACACAUGCCAAGUACAUGUGCCACAUGGAUGUGUUUCGCUUCAUGGCUGACGACAUUUUCAGCGUCAAUGUCACGGACCAGUCCGGAAGUUACUCCCAGGAGUGUGGCAGCUUCGUCCUGGCCGACAGCAUCAAGCCGUCCCCCCCUUUCAACGUGACCGUGACCAUGAACUUCUCAGGACAUUAUAACAUCUCCUGGAGCUCCAAUUACGAUUCCUACGCGCUGAAGGGCAAGCUGCAGUUUGAGCUGCGAUACAGGAAGCGGGGAGGCCCCUGGGCUCUGAGUCCGAGGAGAAAGCUGAUCUCGGUGGAUUCGAGAAGCGUCUCUCUCCUUCCCUUGGAGUUCCAGAGCGACUCGAGCUAUGAGCUGCAGAUGCGUGCAGGGCCCCAGGCUGGCUCGUCCUUCCAGGGGACCUGGAGUGAGUGGAGUGACCCAGUAAUCUUUCACACCCAGCCGGAAGAGAUAAAGGGAGGCUGGCAUACUUACCUGCUCUAUCUCCUCCUGGUCGUCAUACUCCCCAUCCUCGUCUUCUUAGGCCUGAAGAUCCACCUGACUUGGAGGCUGUGGAAAAAGGUAUGGGGACAGGUGCCCAGCCCACAGAAGUUCUUCCAGCCCCUCUACGUGGGCCACAGUGGAGACUUCAAGAAAUGGGUGGGCGCACCCUUCACUGCCUCCAGCCUGGAGCUGGGACCCCAGAGCCCCGAGGUGCUCUCGUCCUUGCAGACGCACACCUGCUGCCCCCCGAGGAGCGCCACCAAGGGGCUGCAGCCCAUGCAGCUGCCGGAGCCCGCCGACCUGGUGGAAGCUGAUGGGCUGCCUGAGCUGGGCUUCUGGGUCCCGGCCCCCUUCACCGCCGGCAGCUUGGGCGGCUCGGCUUACAGCCAGGAGAGGGAUCGACCAUAUGGCGUCGUACUGUCCAUUGACACGGUGACCGUAGCAGACACAGAGGGGCCAUGUGCCUGGUCCUGCACCUGCGGGGAUGAUGGCUACCCAGCUCUGAACUUGGACGCCAGCCUGGAGCCCGGCUCAGGUGCCGAGGACCCGCUCUUGGACACUGGGACUACGGUCCUCUCCUGUGGCUGCGUCUCGACUGGUGGCAUUGCCGGGCUGGGAGGCCCUCCUGGCAGCCUCCUCGACGGACUAAAGUUGCCCCUUGAAGAUGAGGCAGGUUGGACCCCGGGGCCGCCGUGGAGUGGCGGGCCCCCCAGAGGGGCGUCGGACAGCGAAGCGGGCUCGCCUCCCGCCGGCCUGGACAUGGACACUUUUGACAGCGGCUUUGCGGGCUCCGACUGCGGCAGCCCCGUGGAGUGUGACUUCACCAGCCCCAGUGACGAAGGGCCCCCCAGGAGCUAUCUCCGCCAGUGGGUGGUCAUGGCCCCUCCCCCUGAAGGCCCCGGGCCCCAGGCCAGCCAGUGAGGCCACCUGGCUGUCCAGAGCCGGCUGACACAUUCGGCCUGGAGCAGAGCUGCGCUCACCUGGGGCCGUGGGAUGAAGAGGCCUACGACGUCUGGGCCCCCAGAUGGGGCCCCUGAGCCUGGUUGACACUGCAUGUGUGGCCCAGGAGCACACGGGUGUGUCCCAUGGGCAUGGAGGCGAGACGCACAUGUGUCUGAGACUGCGUGCACACGAUGACAGCCGCCCUCCUUUCCGGACGUGGGGCGGCCCCAGGUCGUGCGCUGAGAGGCUGCUCCCACGUUGCCCACAGGGCCCGCUGGGACCUGGAACAGACACCCGUCCCCGCCCUGGAGGUCCGGCCUCCAGGAGCCCUGAGAAGUCCCUACUGUCCCUUUUCACUUCUCAGGGGGAGGGGAAGAGGAUGGAGUGCGCCCACUGUGACCCUGGGUGUGGGAAGGUCUGUGGGGGCCCGUGGACCGAGGUCUGAAUCCCGACUGUGAUGCCCCCGGGCUGUGCCGCCUUGGGCAAGCGGCUUCCCCUCUCUGGGCUGGAGUUUCCUGUCUGGACAAGGGGGUGCGGGUAGCGUGACCCACCUUGGGGAGAACUCGUGAGGUCACCCACUGUACGGGCUGCAGGAGAGCAGGCCCUCAAUAAAUGCAGAUUCCUUCCUU